ACGGGAAGGAGUGAAUGCAGUGGAAGGAGAGAGAGGGAGAGAGACCUUGCAUCGAGCCCUUCUCCACUCAUGGGGCUCAAUCGAGCAACAUGACCAUGGUGAUUACGAAAUUGGGCUGCUCAUGAACAGCAGUGGUUUGACGCUCUGAACGCGACGGGACAGCAGCGGAGAAGAUCAUUGUUUGUGUCUGACUUCGGUUUGGCUGUGCCGAUUGCUUGUUCGUGAGAUGAGUGAUUUUAUAACAGCAGGUUUGGAUUGACGCUUCUUCGUCUCAUACAUGGGAAGCGGGGGCAGAGGCAGAGUUUAUGGCCAGGUGGUGGAAUUUUUGAAGCAAAGCUCCAAGGAGUGUAGAUCGCAGCCUCUGAGAUUUGAGGUUGAUGCCGGUCAUCGUGCGGGGGAUUCUCUUGGAAUCUCUUGCCACAAUGGGGCUCGCUUGGCUGCGAGGACGCGGAACAGCUCAGUCGGUAUCUAUUCGAAGAACCGCCAAGCAUCAGUUAUAUUUUUUCGAAGGGGGUUUGUUGGGGCGUUUCGUGCCCCAGAAGCUGUUACGAGAUCGAAUGUGUGGAGGGCAAGCAACCUUUCCAGAUUUUCAAGAGACGUAACUUCCGCUGUCGUGAGUCAGGGCAGUAUUGUCCGAAGGCAAACUGCAGAAUCUUUGGGUGUUUCAUCUGUGAAAGGAUCAAGAGGCAUUCUUGAAAGUCUUGGACAUUAUGGGAGAUGUUAUUUUGAGCUUUCGAAAGUACGUCUCAGUUCGUUCGUGGUGUUAUCGACAGCUGUUGGAUUUUGGAUGGGUAGUGGUGACACUGUGGAUUGGACGGGUCUUGGGCUUACUUCGUUUGGAACCAUGUUAUGUGCUGCGUCUGCAAAUUCGUUUAAUCAGCUUUUGGAAAUUUCGAAUGAUUCACGAAUGAAGCGUACAAUGAGAAGGCCCCUGCCAGCCGGCCGAAUUGGGGUGCCUCACGCCUUGGCGUUCGCGGUAACUGCUGGUGUAUCCGGUGUCGCAUUGUUGGCUAGCAAGAUUAAUGUUUUGACAGCAGAACUGGGAGCGGCAAAUAUUGUUCUCUAUGCACUUGUCUAUACACCUCUGAAGCAACUUCAUUUCAUCAACACCUGGGUUGGUGCAGUUGUGGGAGCUAUUCCUCCUUUGAUGGGCUGGGCAGGAGCUGCAGGGCGAAUUGAUGCUGGGGGAUGGGUUCUUGCAUCUGGCCUUUACUUUUGGCAAAUACCUCAUUUCAUGGCUCUUGCUUACUUCUGCCGGCAUGACUACGCUGCUGGAGGGUAUAAAAUGCUCUCAUUGCUCGAUGCGUCUGGUCGAAGAACAGCAUCUUGUGCUUUACGAAAUUGUCUAUACUUGUUGCCUCUGGGGUUCGCUGCGCAACAUUUUGGUGUCACAUCGGAAUACUUCGGUUGGGAAAACCUUGUGCUCACAAGUGGCAUAGGUGCUAUGGCUGCACUGUUCUACCUCAGACCUAAUCCUGAAACUGCUCGUCGUCUAUUUCGAUCAAGCCUUAUUUAUCUUCCAUUUUUCAUGUCUGCUAUGGUAUUUCAUCGGAGACCUAAUGCUAUCUUAAAUGUAGAAUCUAUUAAAUCGGUUGAACUCAAACGGGAACAUCUUUCUGAGGCAGAGUUCAACAGUGAGGAUAAAGAUACGUUGAUCUUCCCGUCUAAAUGUCAGAAAACUAUUAUGCAUCGACCUCCCAUUGCCUUCAUAUCGUACGCUCCUUUUCCAUUCCUUCCUGCCCCGGACUACUAGUCGGGAUUCCUUAGACUAGAUUUAUAAUGUCGUCUCUGUUGAAACCGUUCACAGUUUUGUCUGCAUGAAGCUUUUAAAGGUGCCCAGUUUUAGUUUUCGUGGAAAAGUUGAAGGCUAUUACUGCGGACUUGAAGUUUUAAAAAUACGCCUUUUCAUCUUUCUUCGCCAGAACCGUGGUUGGUCAGGGAUGCAAGAGGGAAACUAGAAUUAAUAAUGAGUUUAGUUGCCGUCAAUGACUGUAAUCAAAAGUGUUGGCUGCGUUAGAAUUGUAAACGAGGCGUAAAAUGUGUCUCGAGAGAAGUGAUCAAACUCCGGCAAAGACCUCAUGUUUUCACGAGAAGGUACUACGUGAUCAGCGUUACUGUUUUGGGUCAACUUUGAUGAUGAGUGUGAUGAGUAUGAUAUGAGUGUUUUUGAGUCCAGGACAGCUAUUUAGCUCUUAUAAACUGAUGAGUCGGUCCAGAAGUUUUACCACAGCGGUGAUUAUCUGUUCAGGCCUCUCCGCGUAUGUCUCCCAUGAAGCCGAGGUAGGCCAUGCACCGGAGUGGUUUUCAUGUUUAUAAAGAAAGAUUCAAAUCUUUUGGGCCGUUAAAGUUGCCCCUUAUGGCCAUCAGUGCAAGGAUUAGUGUCUAG